AUGUCGGAAGAAGACGAUCAUUGGAAUGUAGUUAGAUUACGUAGAUUACGUAAAGGGAGAGAAGAGGAAGAGGAGUCAUCGAAAUCGGAAAUAUCUUUGGAUAGUUUGCAUGAAAGCUCCUUCGCAGGAGAGGAGGACGAGGACUUCGAUGCAGAUGUCCUAUCAAACACUAGCAGUGAAGAGUCUGCGCAGAUGAAUCGUAUUUACGAUUUUAGAACAUCUGAUGGAUUUAGUAAUGCUGGAGCCAAUACUGACGAAACUAGAGGUCCCACUAUUUCAGAGUCGUUCGACACCUUGUCCGGCUCUAAGAUUGGCGGAAAAGUAUUGCCAAGUUUGGAGGGGUCGAAACUGAAGGAUAGUAUGAUAAGAAAUUCUAGCCCACGAAUGGAUCAUAUCACGGAUAAAGGCAAGAGCAAGUCGGUUAAAUUGAAGAUGUGGCAUGUUAUCAUGUUGUCUUCGUUGAUUUCCAUGACUUUUUCAUAUCUAGCCCUCGAAUAUUCCCUAACUGGUGAUAUGUUGGCAGGUUUUAAAUCGCAACAGUCAUUACGUAAUAAUGAAAGAAAACUGUUGUACGACAACAUCGAUUUCGUUGAUAAAAAAUCUCAUGAUUCAACAAGUGACUCUCUAAGUCAGUGGGCUCCUUCAGGAAAGUACUACGUCGAUUUUGACAAUCAUAUUGCAUACCCAUUAAAGGAUGAUGACCUCAUGGGCUGGAAAAGAUACAAGACUGACCUAGUUAUUCUUUGGUAUACAACAAAAGCUCGAAUGAAAGACGGUUGGCAUAAGAGAAUUAACAAAAUAAACGGGGGAAGAAUUAAGUUACAUGCAUUUCUCAAGAAUGCUUUCAGAUCCACCCAAGAAAAUUUGAGGAUAUUGCAUAAAGAACAGAAAAUCCGUUGGAAAAGGCUCUUCAUGCUGUUUCAUGAUAAAUAUAAACAAUUUUCUCCACAUGUUGGAAGGUUUUUCGAUCAUUCCUGUAAAAAAACAAAGCAGUAUUGGUCAAGGUCCAAAUUGCAGAUACGCAAGCUUCGUUUUGAUUCAAUAAAACCAUUCCGCAUUUUUCAAUUUAAAGUUCGCAAAGAUACUAACUGGUUCAUCAAGCAGCUAAAACAGUUUGGAUUGAAGUUUCGAUAUUCGAGGAUAUAUAAAGCGAUGUCAGAAUGCAAGAAAAAGAGUUAUUCUAAAUGCAAACACUAG